UUUGGAAAGUUGGGUGGUCAUUUCUAGAUUCCUCACCUUAUACUAUAUACUUUUCAAAAAGACUUAUUCAGAUUCCCUUCAAUUGCUUCUUCUUGAUGCCAUAAAAACAAACCCCACUUCUCAUCAUUUUUACCAAGAAAAACACAACUAGGCUGCCACUUCUCCUAGCUGGUUGUGCUAAUUAUUUUGUAUUUGUAUGUUAACAAGAAAAUAUGAGCAUGGAAAUGGGAUUUCUUAGAAACUCAAAUUGGUUAUUUGAGGAGAGCAAGGAAACAAGAUGGACUGCUGAAGAGAACAAGAGGUUUGAGGAUGCACUCGCUUUAUUCGAUAAGGAGACUCCGGAUAGAUGGUAUAAUGUAGCGGCUAUGAUCCCUGGAAAGACUGUGAAUGAUGUUAUCAAACAGUAUAGAGAAUUGGUAGGAGAUAUUAGUGAUAUAGAGGCAGGGUUAGUACCAAUACCUGGCUACACAACUAGUAAUAAUUCAUUCACAUUGGAGUGGAUCAAUCAUGAUCAAGAAGAAGGCGUCUUCCACGACUUCAACAAGCAAUUCUAUGGUCCAUCUGGCAAGAGAAAUCGAUCUUCUGAACAAGAACGCAAAAAGGGAGUAGCAUGGACUGAGGAAGAGCACAGGCAAUUUCUGUUGGGGCUGAAGAAGUAUGGAAAAGGAGAUUGGAGAAAUAUCUCUCGCAAUUUUGUGAUCACGAGAACUCCAACACAAGUAGCUAGUCAUGCUCAGAAGUACUUUAUCAGGCAGCUGUCCGGGGGUAAAGAUAAGAGAAGAUCAAGCAUACAUGAUAUCACAACUGUCAAUCUUACAGAAAUUAAAUCUCCCUCGCCCGAGAAUCAUACAUCUUCCAGUUCCCUGGACAAAUGUGUUCCUUCUCCACCGAAAGCCUUAUGUGAGUAUAAUUUGCCAAAUCAAGAAGCAGAUAUGGGAUUCUUGACAUAUGGACUAAAGUUGCAUGAACAUGGCAUGCAUAGUGUUACUCUGCAGGGACUUCAGUUUGGUCAGUACAAUAUUUUGUGAUAUCCAUAUUUCUUAAAGAAAAACAAAAAUAAGUGCCACUACCAAGAAUUAGAUAUGCUUCAAUUAGUUCAUAUUCCUGAGAUCUGGAACUAAAGUGGGCACCUCAUUUAAGAGAGCUAUGACAUGAGCUAUUAGCUAUUUCUUUAACCUGAUCGACCAUCUGCUGUCUUUUCGAGUGUGUCAGAGGUUUGGUUAAAGUAUAUUGGAAGAUUACGCUAAUUAUGAAGCUGCCACAAUGAUUCGUAGAGUUCAGCAAGCAAAUGUCCGAGUUGUAGAAGGUUCAGUGAGAAGGCUGAGCACUGUCUCAUGUUAAUAUUACUGGUCAUUCAAGAUGGUUAGCAAUAAGUGAAGUAAUUAAAGUUCCUUAAGAAAAUUGUGGUAGUUUUAGUUUGUAGUUCCUUGUUUUCAUCUCUGUAGAAGAAGCACUAUUACAGCUGGCAUUUGUAUUCAUAAUUCAUAAUUUAUUUCAUUUUGUUC